GUAAUAUAAAUGCGACAGUAUGUUUUUUUCCCCUUCUAAUUCUAAACAUCCGGCGGUUUGCUGUUCGGUUGAUAUCUAGCCAAGUGAUAAGCUACAGAUUAAGGACAGUUGUAUGGUGAUGGAGGAGGAACAACCUCAAGAGGACUGCGCCCAACCCCAGCCCUCCGCAUCCUGCUCCAAGAAGCCAGACAAGCCCCUCUACCAGCCCAAGAAGAAGCAGGACGGCCCCAAAGAUAAGGCUCAAAUCCAGGGAGACGGCAAACCAAAGCCCAGGCCUCGCUACACGGACAAGGCCCGAAAGAAUGCCAAGAACAAGAAGGACAAAGGAGGGAAGACUGGAGGAGAGGGGAAUGGAGUCCUAAACGGUGAGGCCAAACUGGAGGAGACGGUAGAAGAAGGAGGAGGCGACGCAGGGCCACAGAAUGACGGACAGGCUGCUACAGCCAACCAGGGAGGAGAUGGAGAUGUGGGUUCGCGACUGGAGACGGGGAGCAAGAGUUCUCCGUCUGAGAGAGAAGGGGGACCCCGGGAGGGGAUAGAGGCAGGCCCUCAGGAAGAGGAGGAGGAGGAGAGCUGGGACGCUCUCUUUGAUGACGAAGGAGAGUGUUUGGAACCCCAUGUGCUAGAGGAGCUGGCCAUAAAGCAGGGCAGGAAGAAGCGGCCGGUGCAGGAGGCCAGGUUUGACUACUACAGCUUGGAUCAGGACAGAGAGGGGGAUGAUGACACUGAGCUCACGGAGGAUGAGCUGUCUAACAUCAUAGAAAUCUACGACUUCCCCACAGAGUUUAAGACUGAAGACCUGGUCAAAUCCUUCCAGGCCUACCAGCAGAGAGGCUUUGACAUCCAGUUUGUGGACGAUACACACGCCCUGGCUCUCUUCAACAGCCCCAUAGCAGCUCGGGAGGCUCUGAGGACCAAACACCCGCUGUUGAAGGUCAGGUCUCUGGCUAAAGCCUCCGUCACCACCAGGGCCAAGGCUCGCAGCUGCUCAGACUACCUGCUCCCUACUAAGGAGCGUCCCCAGACCAGUGCAGUGUUGGCCCGCAGGCUGGUGAUGGGGGCGCUGGGCGUCAAGAGUCCCCAGAGCAAAGAGCACCGUGAAGCAGAGAGAAAGAAACUGCAAGAUGCCAGAGAGCAGAAGCGUCUGGCAGCUAAACAGAGAGACGACGCCUGGGAAGGGAAAGCCUGACAGAGAGGAACCACUUCCUCCAUCCUCCACCGUAGGGACUAGACACACCUCCAUCCCAUCCUCCCUCCACCGUAGGGACUAGACACACCUCCAUCCCAUCCUCCCUCCACCGUAGGGACUAGACACACCUCUGUUCCAUCCUCCCUCCACCGUAGGGACUAGACACACCUCCGUCCCAUCCUCCCUCCACCGUAGGGACUAGACACACCUCCAUCCCAUCCUCCCUCCACCGUAGGGACUAGACACACCUCCAUCCCAUCCUCCCUCCACCGUAGGGACUAGACACACCUCCAUCCCAUCCUCCCUCCACUGUAGGGACUAGACACACCUCCGUUCCAUCCUCCCUCCACCGUAGGGACUAGACACACCUCCAUCCCAUCCUCCCUCCACUGUAGGGACUAGACACACCUCCAUCCCAUCCUCCCUCCACUGUAGGGACUAGACACACCUCCAUCCCAUCCUCCCUCCACCGUAGGGACUAGACACACC